AUGGACCCCAUAGAACGGCAGGCAUUCUUUAACGCUUUUUGUUCCGCAUCGUCAAUUUUAAUUCGAGAAGGGGAGCCCUUAGCAGCGCUCUGGAAGAUUUUGGAAGAUUCUCCUUCUAAUCCUUCUUACGUACCGAUUGGAAUCCAACAAUGCCAUAUGCUCUUCAAACUCCAUUUCUCAAUCAUACUCAGCAGCAACCCUGAGACACCAAUUUAUGGGCAAAUUGCCCAGGAAAUUUGCGCAUAUAUCAAAAAGAAGUUCCAAGUAGAAGAGCCAGUUCUGUUCGACGACAUUCGCUUGCGGGGUGGCAUCAAGGAACCUUUGUCGGCGACAGAUAUGUACCUCCUGGUCAACAUAGCUGACGCUACCAUCCAAGUUUACGACAUGGGAGGGGUCCUGUCGCAAAAUAUUUUGAACUGGACACAAGAGUAUCUUCAGUGGUGUUGUAGGUUAUCCGAGCGAAGUCUCAUCGGAAACAUACCUAACGUCACUACACGUACACGAAGUCCCGGUUAUACUGAUUUAAGAAUGGAAAACAACCUCUCAGAUGCUAUUUCAGUAUCCCAUUCCAGCCUAUCUAGUCACAGCAGCCAGUUUCUCAACCGAAACCGACUAAAACGUUUUAUUUGCGCCCUUUGCAAUAACCAGACGCUCUCAGAACAUUCGCUAAGACAGCACUGGAAGCAGUCUCAUGAUCAAGACGCUCAUUUUUAUCGAUACUGGCCAGAAAUGUGUAGCGCUUGCCAUGGCCUUUUACCAUUUGGUGUUCCCAGAGAGCGGCACUCCGAGAUUUGCUUCGGGGUACAUGGGUUGGGGAAUAUCAACUCGCAAGUUUAUUCUCAGUAUCGCUGGUUGUUUUACGAACUGUUGGGCAGUUGCAUGAAAUGGAAAUGGGAUUUAGUCGACGGAUUAUCUGAUACUAUCAGAUAUAUAAUUCGAGGAAAAGACGCACAACCGGCUCCUAAUAGGCGAGAUAUCCUUCAGGCCUCUGUUUUUUUCCGGCGGAUGUGUACCGGCCAAAGCCGUGAGACAUACAUCUAUGACAAUGUUCAUAGAAUUAUUGACGCGUAUAUGUGCGAAUUUUACCCGGAUGAACCGACAAUCGACACUUGCUCCCCGAAGGAGCCCUUCGAGACGUGGAGCACCCUGCCAGAGCUAGUUGGGAGUUUGGUUGCUCAGAAACGGAUACUACCCCUUCACGGCAAAGUUUGGUUUUCGCAAUAUGUGGUCACGUGUUACAUGUUAUUGUGUCAAGGUUUUUUCCUAGCCGGGGCCCAAGGCGGGGCCCAAGGCGGGGCCCAAGACAGGAACCUUAAACCACAGUUGGAGCUGGGAACCACUGGUCUCGCAGUGCCAAACCCACACAGAAGUUCACCCGUGGGAACCACUAAAUCAUGGGAAGUUGCUGGAAAGGUUACAAAAAACCGGCCGUUGCAGGCAUUGUCGCAAUCAGAUUCUAAACAGGACCGUGAGUUCUGA